CGGCACCAGAUUUCUGCUGCUAUUUAAUUACGCUGCUUCGUCUUUUUCUUCUGCUUUAAGCUCCAGAGCAAAGCCGUAUUGCCAUGGAUUAUCAAGAGCUGGAUCCUGCUAUACAACAGCGGCUCAGUCUGCAAUCAUUCGAGGGCAAAUUCGAUGUGAAGGACUUCGUUGGCGGGCUGUCCGAGAGGCUUAUCGCCCAGUCUAAAGCAAGCACAGGGCCCUUCGACCCGAAGCCAUUCAUCCGAACAUUUGAGAUGGCUGUUGACCAGCUAAUAUCUCUCCGUAAAGAUGUCCAAACACGCACAGAACAGAUGGAGAAGAGCGUCAAGGUUGCUGAAAGGGAAUACUCAAAGAAGAUGGCCGAACUGAACCGCGGAUUCGAGGCUGUUGGUCAAUCAUUCUCUGGGAUGGAAGCAAAGAUGAGUGAGGUUGGGCGUACAGCGAUCCGGAUAGGAGAGGAGCUAGAGUCCGUACACCAUCAACGGCAACGCGCUCAAGCAGCGUAUGAUCUCAUUGACUUCUACAACCAGUUUUCCAAGGACGAUACGACUCGCAUAGAUGCACUCAAGAAAGAGGGAAAGGAAGGACGCCGGCAAGUGGCUGUCCUCUUGCGACGAUUGGGUACGGUGGCGAAGGAAGUUGACUUACCCAAUGCAGAGAAGACGCGAGAGAACAUUGACAAGUACUGCGAGAAGUUCGAGAAGGACAUGCUACACCUUUUUGACCGAGCCUAUCGCCGUGGUGACCCAAAGAUGAUGCAUCAUUGUGCGCAAACCUUGCUGGAUUUCAACGGAGGGACAUCUUGCGUCCAAGUCUAUGUGAACCAACAUGACUUCUUCAUUAAUCGCGUCCGAGAAGCGGAUGCUCACGCAGACGACGAACUUUGGGAGCAAUUGCCAGACCCUGAUGCCAGUGUACCUGCCACUGAAUCUGGUUUAGCAGAGCUGUUCAACGAGAUUCGGACAACAGUAGGCCAAGAGGUCCAGAUUGUUCAAGCUGUCUUCCCUAAUCCUGCGUAUGUCAUGCAAGUGUUCUUGCAGCGUGUUUUCGCACAAUCCAUCCAACAACAGCUCGAGCUUCUGGUGAACAAAGGUGUCUCACUAUCAGACCUGGCAUCCCUCCGUAUCCUGCAGAUGGUCCACCAACAAACAAUGCAGCUAGUGGAAGAUCUCAAGAACUACGAGCUGCCUGCAGUGAUACCGCGCUCUCCUGUCGAUAACACUGAUUUCAGUCGUCAAUUGAGUGCUGCUGCUGCUGGCUCUGCUGCAGCGGCUGCAACAGCGGUGACUGUCAGCGCAAUGCUCGAAACCGCCAUGGAAGAGCUCUUCGUACCGUACACGGAAGGCCAGCGAUACCUUGAGCGAGAAAGCAAGAGUCUCAGUGAACUAUACGCCAGCUUCUUGACAAACUUCACGCGAUACCACGAACGAACGCAUAAAGGCGGCAAGACAUCGCUUUUCGAUCGUAUGGUCAAUCAACUCAGCACGGCUGCAGCUACAGCGGGGACACCAGGUACUUCUACCACCUCUGCACAGGCUGCUGCUGCCAUCUUGCGAUAUGGCGGUCUUAGUGCAGCCGUGGAUAAACACAAAGAGAAGGCAUUGGAAGAGCCUGUCACCGAGGAAGAUGGCCAGCUGCACGUUAUCGUCGCAGAAACCAUGCUCAAGUGGCAUGCGGAGUCUGUGGGUCGCUGUGUGGAAUUAAGUGCAGCAAACGACGUACCAAAACACAUAUUUGCUUUGUUGCGUGUCUUAGCCGCUGCGAUAGGCAAUUCGUAUCUGGAAACGGCGAUUGAGACUGCCCAAACUCGAGUUGAUGCUCAGGACUAUAAGACAGAACCUAACUUGCAGCCGCUUACUGUCCUGCGCGGAGUCGAUUUAAUCAGUCACCUUUGGCAGCAAUACGUGAAUGUCGCGCUUCUGCCACUGGCAAGCACGUCUGUCACGGUACGGAGGGAAAUGGUUGUAUUCAACAACCAGACGAUCAGUCGCAUCGAGGGCGCAGUUAAUCAUGUUCUGCAACGUCUCAUGGAUUCAAUAUUGGCAUGGCUAUCGUUGCAGUUGACGAAGCAAAAGAAGAAUGACUUCAAGCCUCGCAAUGACGACCUUUCAUUUGCUCGCGUGAACACAGAGCCUUGUGUCGUAACAUGUGACAUGCUAGAGAAGGUGCGGGAUGCAGCGAAGGAGAAUCUCAGCGGGAAGAACCUUGAAGUCUUCCUCACCGAGAUUGGUGUUGCCUUUCACGCAUUACUUCUUGAGCAUCAUAAGAAGUUCCCCGUGAGCGCAACUGGAGGAUUGAUGCUUGCUAAAGACCUCAAGCUCUACCAAGACACCAUCAUCACCUUCGGCAUCCCCUCGCUUCAAGAACGCUACGAGUUUCUCCGGCAGCUAGGCAACGUCUUCCUCGUACGGUCCGACAUCCUUAAGUCCUACAUCACCGAGGGUUACCUCGGGCGCAUCGACUCUGUCCUCCUGCGCCCGUAUCUCGCACAACGCAGCGACUGGGGCCAGGCGGAGAAGGGCUUUAAUGACAGUACCGGCAUGGAUGAUGGCGCGGACGGCAAGGGCGCGAAGGAACGCUUUGGUAUGGGUCGACUCAGCAUGAUCAUGAAGGACCUCGAGCCGUUGCGAGACCAUAUCCCGCCCAUGAACAUGCCGAGUUUGCAUAUGAGUUCGAGGUUCACCAGUAACUCAAGCUAGAUGGGAUCCUGUUUAGCAACGUUGGCUAGUGCUCCCCGUAAUUUAUUCCAGCUAUAUUAUACAAGCACCCUGCACCCUUCACUCGCCCUUGAAGGCAGGCUUGCGCUUCUCCUUGAACGCUUCGAGGGCUUCGUUACGGUCCUUCGUUCUCAGAAGCGGCUCAUAUGAGCUGCGCUCAAAGUCGAGGCCCGCUUCGAGGGCUAGUUCUGGCGCACGGUUGAUUGCUCGCUUGGCCGCUCGAAGAGCCAACGGAGCAUUGACCGAAAUCUCUUCCGCCAGCUGCAAAGAUCUGUCGACGGCUGACUUGUCUUCAUCUGACACGUAGUCGACAACGCCGAAGUCCAGUGCCUCGUGAGCCGUCAAAGCGCGUCCAGUAAAAAUGAGGCUCUUCGAUUUCGAGAGGCCCAAUAGACGAGUGAGCCUCUGCGUCCCGCCAGCACCGGGUAUGAUACCAAGCCUCGUCUCCGGCAGCCCGAUCUUCGUCACCGAGUGUCCAGCGACACGCAAGUCGCACGCCAGCGCGAGCUCGAGGCCGCCUCCGAGCGCGGGCCCGUCGAUGGCCGCGAUCGUCGGCAUGGGCAGGCUCUCGAGCUUGCCGAGCGUGGCGCGAAGGUCCCAGAGGAACUUGUCGACGUCCGCCCUGGACAUCGUCCGCCGCUCGGCGAGGUCUGCACCCGCGCAGAAGGCGCCGAGCGUCGAAGAGCGAACGAUGAGCACGCGUGCAUCCUUGUCGAACUGCAGCUUGUCUAGGCACUCGUGGAAUUCUGUCAGCAACCUGCGCGAGAUAGCAUUCUUUGCUUUUGGCCUGUUCAGCGACAAGUAAUGUAUACCUGGCUUUGCUUC